AUGAACGGCUCGGCGCCGCUGCCGGCAGGGCAGCCCGGCGAGUGUGUGCCCAGUGACCCGGUGCAGUUCGUGCUGUUGCCCGCUGUCUACUGCCUGGUGUUGUGCGUGGGGCUGCCGGGCAACCUGGUGGCUUUGCUGGUCUUCCUGCAGAGUGGCAAGGUGAGGAAGGCCAUCCGCAUCUACCUCAUCAACCUCACGCUGGCUGACAUCCUCUUCAACCUCACCCUACCCCUCUGGAUCCCCUACUACCUGGCUGGUGGGGACUGGCUGCUCUCGGAGGCUGCCUGCCGCCUGGCCGGGGCCGCCUACUACCUGGCAACCUACAGCGCCGUCACCUUCAUGGCGCUCAUCAGCUUCAACCGGUACUGCGCGGUGCUGGGCUGUGCCGUGCCCACCUUGGCCACCCGGCAGCCCUUCCCUGCCCGCGCCGGGGCCACCACCUGCUUUGAGCAGCAUGGCCGGCAGCGGGCGUACGCCUAUGCCAUGGUGGGUUUCUUCACCGUGGCCUUCCUGGUGGUGCUGGGCACCUACGCCUCCAUCGCCCGGGCGCUGUCAGUGCCCACCACCGCCUCGCCAGGCUCCCACCGGCAGCAGGCGCGUGCCAUGGUGCUUGGGAUGCUGCUGGUCUUCGUGGUCUGCGUGGCCCCCUACCACCUCACGCUGGCCCCCUGGGUGGGCAGCCAGCCCCCCGUGCCGCUCUGCGGGCCCCCUGCCACCCUGGACGUGCUGCACAUGCUGAGCGUGGCCCUGCUCAGCCUCAACAGCUGCCUCGACCCCCUCGUCUACUGCUUCUCCAUCCGGCGCUUCCGCGCCGACCUGGGACGGACCCUGUGCAAGAUUGGCCGGUGCCUCCCUCUCUCCCCGCCAGCCCACACCGGGCCCGUGCCCAGUGCCCAUGCAUCCUCUUUUGCCUCCUCAUAG